CAAUGGGUCUGCGCCAGGAACGGGUGACAAAGGAUUACAGGGAAAGGGCGGCUGAAUAAUUACAGUUAAAGUCAACAUUGAAGGACAAAUCGUUUUCCAUCUAGCACAACAUAUGAAUGGCUGCAGCAGCUUUGCAGAGAGGCCUGUGUUUCAAAUCUGACCCGGGAAUGGCUGGCGGAAUGGAGAAUCGCUCCAGAAAAAGGCAAGUUCUGUCUUUCUUUCUGUGUCUCUGUGUGUCCCUGGGGGCGUGUGAGACGAUCCGCUAUUCUAUGCCCGAAGAGAAGAAAAUAGUUGCUACUAUUGCAAAGGAUUUGAAACUGGAUGUAGGGAAAUUGUCUGGUCGCAGUGCUCGGCUAGUUUCUAAAAGCAGCAAGCAAUAUUUUGAGCUGAACACAAGCUCCGGGGAUGUGAUAAUAAAGGAGAAAAUAGACCGUGAGGAUUUGUGCGGACAGAGCGACCCGUGUUUGCUGCAAUUCGAAUUUUUGUUGGAAAAUCCACUGCAGCUGUACAGAAUAGAGGUGCAGAUAGAUGAUGUGAAUGACAAUACCCCUACAUUCUCUAAAAAUGAAUUCCCUUUGGAGCUACCUGAACUGCUCCCCGUAAAUAGCCGCUUCUCCUUGGAAAGGGCCCAAGAUUCAGAUAUAAGAACAAACGGUAUCCAGAGUUACGCAAUCAGCUCUAAUGAGCACUUCAGCCUAGAUGUGCAUUCUCAGGGGGACGGCAGUAAACACGCGGAGCUGGUAUUAGAGAAACAAUUAGAUCGGGAGGAGCAGGCGCAGUUGAUGCUGAUUCUCACAGCCGCCGAUGGGGGCCUGCCACACAGAACAGGCACAGCCCGAAUACGCGUUAAUGUGUUGGACAGCAACGAUAACUUCCCGCAGUUUAGUCAGUCGGUGUACAAGGUGCAGUUAAUGGAAAAUAGUCCGAGGGACACUUUGGUCACUAAGGUUGAAGCCAGUGAUUUGGAUCAAGGUUUAAAUGCAGAAAUCACCCACUCAUUCGGGCAGGUCCCUGACAGAGUCCUCAAGUUAUUCAAAUUAAAUCAAUUAUCCGGAGAAAUCACUGUUUUGGGAAUAAUUGACUAUGAAGAGAGAAGCAGUUAUGAGAUGAACAUCCAGGCCACAGAUGGCGGGGGUCUAUAUGCGCACUGCAAAGUCCUGGUACAGAUCAAGGGCAUGAAUGACAACGCUUCGGAAGUAACGCUGACAUCCCUCACCAGCACCAUACCCGAGGACUCGUCCCCUGAGACAGUGGUGGCCCUGUUCAGUGUGAGCGACCGAGACUCCGGGGACAAUGGCAGAACGCUCUGCUCCAUUCAGGAAAAUGUCCCAUUUGCUUUAAAAUCGACUCUGAAAGAUUAUUACGAGCUUGUUACACAAAAGCUCCUGGACCGAGAGAAAGUGCCUGAGUAUAACAUAACCAUCACAGCCACAGACCGGGGCACUCCGAGGCUCACCUCCGUGAGGAUCAUCCGAGUUCACUCCAUAAACUCCGAGAACGGGGAGGUGUACGCGCUGCAGUCUCUGGAUUAUGAGCAAAGGAGGGAUUUCCAGGUUACAGUGAGAGCUGCAGAUGGCGGGUCCCCGCCACUGAGCUCUGAAGUCAUUGUCCGAGUUGUGAUAAUUGACCAAAAUGACAACGCCCCCUUCAUUUUAUACCCUCUGCAGAACAGCAGCUCCCCCGCUAAUGACCUGGUUCCCAGAUCGGCGGAGGCGGGUUACGUGGUGACGAAGGUGGUGGCUGUGGAUGGAGAUUUCGGUCAGAAUUCUUGGUUUUCCUACCAGCUGCUCAAGGCCACAGACCCAAGUCUCUUCGCUGUGGGGCUCCAAACCGGGGAAUUAAAAACCAGCAGGCCUAUAACGAGCCCGGACUCCGUGAAACAGAAACUUGUCGUCCUAGUUAGAGACAACGGAGAGCCGGCCAGAUCCACCACCUCGACGCUUAAUGUGCUUCUGGUGGAUGGGUUUUCAGACGCCUACAUGCAGUUACUGGAUGUACCACAAGAGGAGGAGCAGCAGGACACGUUAAUCCUGUAUCUAGUCAUUUCUUUGUCUUUCAUUUCAUUCCUUUUUCUGGUUUCUGUGGUAACGAUUAUCUCGGUCCGGCUGUACAGAACGAAGCAGUGCCGAGAUCAGUAUUUUUCAUCGUCCAGGAACUUUUAUAGUGACCGCCACUUCCCCACAAAUCCUGUGGAGACGAGCGGCAAUGGGACUCUGCCUCAAUCUUAGUGUUAUGAGGUUUGCUUGACAACUGGGUCUGGUACCAGCGAAUUUAAAUUUCUCAGGCCGCUGGUACCAUCUCUACCCGUUGACCCCAGCGUUGCAGGAGGGUCCAUUUUUGACUCUCAGAUUAACUCUCAGCUAAAGGAGGAGAAAGAAUCGAUGAGGGAGGGCAGAGCUUCUGUUUCUGAAGACUCCAUACCCCGAUCUUCAGGUGAAGGCUG